AUGUGCCGAUCGUAUGGUGAUCAAUUCGAAAUUUUAUUAAAAGAUAAACGUGAUAUAUCAUCGUAUUUAAAAAAGCAAUUAGAAUUACGAAAUGGACAAGUUUUUGAUCUCAACGAUCGAUUGGUUGGUUUACAAAAGGCAAAAGAUCAAGAAAAAGAAUUGUACGAAAAGAAUUUUCAAGACUUAAAGGAAAAAUCUCAAAAAGAAAUCGACAAACUCGAAAACGAAAAUUUUCUACUCAAAACACGUCUAAUUUCCGUAGAAGAAUUCAAAACUCAACGUCAAACAAUGGAAACGACAAUCGAAGAAUUAAAAAGACAAAUUCAACAAAAAGAAGAUGCAUAUCGAUCUGCUCUCGAUCAAAUGGAAAUCGCUUUAAUAACUUUCAAAAAUAGAUUAAAAAAAGAAGCGAUUCAAUAUCUAAAUGAUUUAGCGAUUGAAUUUCGUCGAACAACGAAAAAUCAAAUCUCUCAAACGAUUCAACGAGCAAUUCGCGAGAAUUUCUAUUUAAAUAAUCAAAUCACUCACCUCACAACUCAACUUGAAAAAUCCAUUGAAAUGAAUAAAAAAUCUACGGAAAAGAACCAACAUUUAACACGAACCGUCUCUAUUCUACAAGACGUAGAACUACAAACAACGAAUAAAAUUUUCGCGACGGAAAAUAUUAUUCGAAUGUUAUGUCAACAAUUAAAGGAGCGUAAAGAACGGAAAAUGUCAGCAGACAAAGUUAUUGUGGCAAAAGAAGACAAAUCAACAGAAAUCGUGUCAGAAGAAGAAACCUCGAUGGAAAAACAAGAAGAUUCGACAGAAUUGAAGAAUUUAAAAGAAGAAAACAAUUUACUCAGAAAUAUUAUCGAUCGAGCUGCAAAAAUCAUCUCGGACGUUGUUCAGUCUGAUGAAACUUCAGACUUGUUACUCAAAACUACGAAACGAUCUGAAAUGCUUGAAGAACUUCUAUCAAUUCUUCUAACUUCACAUCAUUUGGGUCGAACGGAAUUAUUAUUUGAAGAGAAAUCCAAAGGAAUCUACCCGGCAACCCGUUUGAAUCUUCAUCGAAUUCGUCCGAACAUUCAUUAUCAUCUCGGCGAUUUAGGACUCGUUCCUUCUCACUAA